AUGAGCCAGCCACCUCAUUGCUUGCAUUGGCACAGAAAUGUUGAUUGUGAGUAUGUACCCAAACCAGUACGAGAAGCAGAAGCAAAUGAUAAGAUAGAUCAAAGUGUUCAAAGGAGAACAGCCAACUACAAGCCAAACAUAUGGAAACAUGAACUCCUUCAAUCCCUCACUAGCCAAUUUUCGGAAAAGAAAUACAAAACUAGAGCCGAGACACUAAAAGAGGAUGUCAAAUGCAUGUUCGUGGAAGCUAGUGACACAUUGUCUAAGCUGGAGCUUAUAGACAGCAUAUCAAAAUUGGGUCUCGACAAAUACUUCAUGGAGGAGAUCACAGAAGCUCUAGAUGCCAUAGCCUUGAGGAACAACAGCUCUGUUUUAAAAGGAGACGUUUACGCUACCGCACUCUGCUUUAGGCUUCUUAGGCAUUACGGUUAUCAUGCUUCACAAGAUAUGUUCCUAGAUUUUGUGGAUGGAGCUGAUAAAUUCAUCCCUAGCCCGAAAGUAAGCAUCAAAGGGUUGCUUGAGCUUCUUCAAGCAUCAAAUCUAGGUGGAGAAGGAGAAGAUCUUUUGACUGAGGCAGGAUUAUUCUCUAUCGAAAAUCUUAGUGGUUUUGGGGCCUCGUUGGAUAACAUGCUUGCCAAACAAGUGUGGAGCCCUAAGGAGAUUAAAGAGCUACCUGAAGGCAUACAGAUAUGUUUCUGGACAUUGCUAAAUACUACAAAUGAAAUGGCAGCUGAAAUCGAGCAAGAAAAGGGUUGGACAUCAGUUUUACCAUAUCUACAGAAAACGUGGACAGAUUUUCUGAAAUCCUUGCUCGUGGAAGCUAAGUGGUACAACAAGGGUUACACGCCAUCACUUGAAGAGUAUCUUAACAAUGGUUGGAUAUCUUCAUCUGGGCCUCUGCUUUCUGUGCUUGCAAUCCUGGGUGUAGCGGAUAGGAAGACACAAAAUGUUGCAGAAUAUCUUAAAGAUUGUGAGCAGAUUAUCCACCAUUCCUCACUCGUAAUCCGGCUUUGCAAUGAUCAGGGAACAUCUGCGGCGGAACUAGAGAGAGGAGACGCUGCUUCAUCAAUCUUAUGUUUCAUGAGAGAAGCAAACGUUUCAGAAGCAGUGGCAAGGGAGCAUAUCAGAAGCCUAAUGGUGAAGGCCUGGAAAGGGAUUAAUGGAUACUGUAUUCCGUGUCCUCCAUUUCUCCAAGAACCAGCCAAAUAUAUCACAAAUGCAGCAAGAGGAGCACAUUUUAUGUAUCAACACGGAGAUGGAUUUGGCGUCCAAGAUCGUGAGACUCGAGACCAUGUUCGGUCCAACUUCAUUGAACCCAUUCCAAUCAAAUGA